CUGUGGAUCCAGAGGUGAUAAACUAAACGCUUAGGCAUCUGGCCUAAAUGACUCGUGACAUAUAGGGAAUCAAAGGUUUUCCUCUUUCAUUGUUCUCUAAUGCGAUCACAAAACAGCAUCGUGUACCCGACCUACUCUCAUCUGCUUUCGUACAUGCACUUCUGCGGUGCAUGUAUCUCCACUGUUGCUUCGCAUUAACACUUAUGACAAGCCACCUGAAACUAUCAAGUUGUCGGCGUUACUUCCUUGACUCGCCUUCCUUAGCCUGGGUUAGCUUUCAUACACUUCUUCUCUUUGAAUCCGGGUUUUGAUGUUGCUUUUGAAGUAUCUCUACGGGUGAUUGGCGUGACUUCCACUUUUCUUCAAGCUCUCUCUUCUUUGUUCUAUGUUCUCUGACCAUCAUUGUCUCUUUCUACGCACCAUUAAAAUCUCAAAUUCGCGCAGCUGAUUAUGGUCUGUAGCGUUGCUUCUAAUGUUCGGGCGUUACGAUAAGAACCCCUUGGACGAAGCAGAAGAAGUUAACCCUUUCUCUGUGAUUUUUUUCUUCUCGUAACCUCUCUCGAAGUUUAAUUUCACUUCUAUGAGAUUUUGGUGUGGUUGUGGCUUGGCCUUUUUGUGAUUUCAUUUUGUUUGCGCGACAAAAAUGAUUCCAUUAAUUUUAUUGGAGAUGAUCGUCUAUGGCAAACUUUGCCAAACUUCACUUUGGCUAUGGCCUUUCAUUGUGUUGCCUUUUUGUUACUGCUGUUAAAAAUUAUUUGGGCUUUAUGUAUGACAGUGUUCUUUUGUUUGUGCAUGUGUGUGAUCUAUUUCUAAUGUUGUGAUCUAUCUCAGCUUCAAUUUUUCCAGUUGUUAGUGUGCUUUUCUUCUUCAAAGGCAGAUGACGUCAGUUCCAAUCCCCAGGAAAAAGAUAGCCUUUAAUCAUUUUUCUUUGGGGUGCUGGUGGAGAAAUCGUAUAUGGAGGGAAGCUUCUAGGAAAUUUUCUUUGAGAUAUAUGAAUGGUCUGAAAAGAGCUGGGAGCUAUAUCUGGCCAAUCAUGUUCAAAUCCAGUUCUAUAUGAUCAUUCCUUAUGUGCUAAAGACCCUAUCAACUGAUCAAAAGGGUCUUUAUCAUACAUCAUUCAAGGUCCCUGAUGUUUUUGGAGUUUUCCGGUUCAAAAUUGAGUGUCACAGAUUUGGAUACAGUUGCUUAUCGGUCUCUAAACAGCUACUGCUGGACUUUUACUGUCCAUCUUCGAUACACUCCGUUUUGUCAACAAGUGAAGUGGAGGAAAAUCUUUCAGGAAAGAUAAGUAGUUGUGUGACCAGAAUUCUCUAUAUUGGGAAUCUUCCAGGCGAUAUUCGUGAGAGGAAAGUGGAGGGAUUUGUUAUACAAGGUGACGCUACUCAGCUUAUUAUUCAUGUUGUGUUUGUUAUUUACUCUUAUAGAUUGAAACUUACGUAAAUUGUUUUGUACUUUAAGGCCGCAUGAUGAAGACUCAUGCUUCUGUUUAGACUCUCUUAGAAAUCAACACUAAUUUAUUCUUGAGGUGAACACUUUGUACGAUUUUUUUCUAUGUUUUGUUUCUUUACAUUUUCUAUUUCUAAACUUUAUCAUUUUGCCAACCAUGUCUAAGAAUAGUUUGUUUUAGUAUUCUGUUGAUAAGAAUAUGGGGUCUUCAGCCUCCACGCAUCCUGUCAAUAUGAUGCAUCAAAAUGAGACCCCAAAUAAUUAAUUUGAAGGAUGAAGCAUUGAAGCCAGAAUGGAAAAGGAGGAAGCUCGGUUUCUCACAUUUUAGUAACAUUCAGUAAUGAAAAUAAGUCAUUAUUCUUUUCAUGUUUUUCUUUUUAUGUUUUUGCUGAUUUAUUGUGUAUGGUGAUUUAUUGAUGCUUUUGUCUUAUGCACCUAUCUCUGCUUUGCAGGUUCUUCUGAAGUAAGGUGUUUUUUACUUUUUUUGGUCUAUUUCCUUUCUUGAAUUAUUGGUACGUGUUCACAAUUUUUUUUUACAUCAUUAAAACUUGCACUGUUUCUUGGCUGAGUGUUCUGCUCUUCUUUUAUUUGUUACUGAGAAUAGAUUUUGGUGGUCCUGUGAAUUUAGAAUUUCUCUUCGUUAUGGAUUAUAUGUGGAAUUCGUUCAUGUUGAUGGGUCUUAUCAUUCCAAUGGAUGCUAAGUGGCUUUUUAUAUUUUAGCCUAAUUUUUUUUUAUGCUUUCUGUUGUUUACCAAUUGAUUAUUUAUUUCUUUAGUUAAUUGUUCCUGCUUUAUUAUUGCAGGCAAGAGCAAUUGUCCAAGAUAAGGUUCUGUUUUACAUCUGUUGGUUCGGUGAGCUUUUGUUUUGUGAUUUUGGCCUGUACUUCUUUUAUGUUUUCAUAUUUAAUGACAUUGAUUUACUUUCUUAUUCUUUAAGUUGUUUCCCUUUAAAGUUGCAGUUUUUUUUUCCUAUUGUUUUCCCAGAUUUUAGAUUGGGUACUGAUUGAUGUUGUCUUUGCUGUUACCAAUAGGCCUUGACUUACACUGUAUAGUCUGCUGUUAAGCUUUUAUUAUCUACUGCUGUGGUUUAUUUCUUUUCUGAUCAAACCAGUAUACGAUUAUGUGGUUCUGUUUUUGUGGAUAAUGGUCUCUUAAACAUUUGGUAGUACCAUAGUAUUGAUAUGUUCAUAUGGGAUGACCAAUUCCCCAAACAUAAGUUAAUCAAAUAGCCAUAGAUAAUCACUAAUCCCAUGCUUGUGGGUUAAUAGUUGGAACCUCAGGUACUACUUUGUUCCUGCUUUCCUUCUUUUGUUUAUCAGGUCUGGGUUUAGUAAUAUGUAAUUUCGUGUUCUAUAUUUUUACAGGAAAGUAUUGAUGCCCUUAUCCAGUCUCUGCUAGAUUUACUAUAGGCCUAUUCGACUUGAAAGGCUUUUACUUUCAUUUUGUUUGAUUUCUCUUGGUGUAUCCUCAUGUUUCUUGCUUCCUUCCUAAUUUUGUCGUACUGUUUCAGGUCUGGGUUUAUUACACAUUUACGACUACUAUUGCUUAUGAAGUUCUGUAUUAGUUGAAUAGUGAGCCAGUUUUCCUCCCUUUUUAAUCUGUUUUGGUCUUCCUUAUUUCAAGUUGCUCUCAUGGUUUUUUCCCGCCUAUACUGCAGUUAAUUGGUUGACUCCAUUACAAGAGUCCUAUAACAAAAUCCUAUGCAGAAGUUCAAUUGUUGGCAGUAAGUGGAAGACAAUUACCGAAUGAAAAUGGAGUUGGUGAUUUUAUUUUGUAGUUAAUGACACGUUUUUAAUUUGUUGCUUGAUACAUUAAUUCUGUGGAGAGACCCUGUUACUGGUGAGCGGGGCCGAGCUGAUAUUGUGUAAUUCAUAAUUAUCUUGCUUUUGUCGAGUUGCAUGUUUUAAUUACAUGACAAUGUACUUUUACAGGAAACUUUACCGCAUUUGUAGCAAUGCUAUAUCCGUGAAGUAUACUUUGUUCGAGA